ACAACAACAACAACAACAAUGACGACGUUGACCACCACAGACCUUACACCAACGUACAAGUAUCGCCGCGGCCGGUACUCGCCCCAGCUCCCCCCUCCUUGGAUCGAAUCGACGAGGACCCGGGUAUCAACGACAGCGGGACUCGAUUCGACAGCGAGGAAGAACUGAUGGAGAGCAACGACGCUCAAAAACGAUACCAAAUCACGGGGCAGAACGGCUUCAUUUCUUGCAUCAUGUCGUGUAACGUGACGGCGACCGACACGGAUGACAGUAGGAAAGCGGCGUGCGUGCACCGCUGCCAGGCGGCGCAGACCGGGUUCGAAACCCACGAUAUCGAUUCUCACCUCCGAACCCCAUCGCCUUUCGAUACCUCCGAACUCCCCGAUACCAGCGGAAUCGACCCGGGCCUGACGUCAUAUCUCAAAAGGAACAUCCAGCGAGAGAUUGACCGACGCAACGCCGUGCUCACUCUUCUCACGUCACCGGUGAUCAACGCGCGUGAGUACACCUACCUCCACAACGUGCCGGACCUGUGCCAGAGGUCUGAGACGAUCAUUCUAUUCGUAAUCCCCUCCGCGCUCACCAAUUUCGGGAAGCGCGCGCGCGUGAGAAGCAAUAACUACGCGCGCUUCGUCAAGGACACCCAGAACAAAGCUAAGAUGGCGUUCUUCGUCGGAAUGGUGCCCGCCUCCUUCAACGACACGUAUCGAUACCAGGUGCAGAAGAGGAUCGAUAUGGAGUUCGCGCAGUUCGGCGAUAUCAUCCAGGCCGACUACGAGGACGAGUAUUCGAACAUGUGGUACAAAACACAGUCGGUGCUAAAGUGGGUCACUUCCUACUGCGGAAGCGUUCAGUACGUCAUCCGCACCGAUGACGACAUACAGAUUCAUACGCACCGCGUGCUGGCCGCACUAUUUUUCGCGGAGGGACACCACGACCACUUUGUGAUGGGCGUGCGGCGGAGGAAUUCCAAACCGCAGCGUAUCGAUACCGGCAAGUGGUACAUCUCUCUGGAGGAGUACCCCGAAGAGUUUUUCCCGCCUUUUGUGAUCGGGGGCCUGGUCGGUCUGCCUGGGAGGACGGCCAAACUGUUGUACGAGGCGUCUAGGAGGGUGUCCAAGAUCUGGUUGGACGAUGUCUACUUCACGGGGAUCCUGACUCACAAGCUCAACUUGCCCGUCUUGUCAGAUCCCGACUUCACCUUUGCGCAUUUUCCGAAGGGGAAUAAGAGGAGGGUUCCCCAGACCUUCUGAC